UUCCGCAGCGGGCGCGCCCCGAGGUCUCGGCGGCGCCUUGGGCGCUGCCCUAUCCCCGCGGGCCGCCCCGCAGCGGGCCCCCGGACCGCCCGCUGCCGCGAUCUUUCUUCUGCGGCGUGGAGCGGGAAGGAGGACCAAAGGCGCGAGCAAAGCGAGGAGGGGGAGGAAAGGAGAGGAGGAGGAGGAGGUGGGGACCUCCCCAUCGGGCCGACCCGCCGCGGAGCCCACAGGUUGCCGGGGCAGCUGGCGCCGCGCGGUGGAGGGGCCGCAGCGGCCGCGGCAGCCAGGCUUGCGCACGGCCGCGGGGUCCCGCCACGGGGCCUCAACCGCCGCCCCCACAGCUCCGGAACCGGGUACU